GGAGGAAGCGAUGCUAUACUUUAAGUCUUUGCCUCGCUGAGCUGCACCUUAACAUCGCCACGCUUCUGUGAGUCACACAACCGGGAACCGGCGGACGGAGCGCGUGAACCGCUUCUCUUUAUUUUAGAAUAAAUAAAUAUAUAACUCAAACCCAAAAGGACCGAAAAUGUCGAAUGUGAAGAAGAGAAAUUCGGGACACCGCGACGAGGACGAGGACCAACAGGCGGCGGAGAAGAUGCUCGGCGGUGCAUCAGGCUCCGGCGGUCCCGCGCCGGCGGCGGACGGAGAAGAGACUGUGGUCCUACAGCGCACCAUCACGCUGCUGAACGGCGUGGCCAUCAUCGUGGGAACCAUCAUCGGAUCAGGGAUCUUCGUGACGCCGACCGGCGUGGUGAAGGAGGCUGGCUCGGUGGGUCUGUCUCUGGUGGUGUGGACGGUGUGCGGUGUGUUCUCCACGGUGGGCGCGCUGUGCUACGCCGAGCUCGGGACCACCAUCACCAAGUCCGGCGGGGACUACGCCUACAUCCUCGAGGUUUACGGCUCGCUGCCGGCUUUCCUCAAGCUCUGGAUCGAGCUGCUCAUCAUCAGGCCCUCGUCUCAGUACAUCGUAGCUUACGUCUUUGCUACCUACCUCCUCAAGCCUUUGUUCCCGGUGUGUCCGGUGCCCGAGACCGGCGCCAAGCUGGUCGCGUGCCUGUGCAUCCUGUUGUUGACGGCGGUGAAUUGCUACAGCGUACGCGCCGCCACCCGAGUCCAGGACGCCUUCGCUGCUGCUAAGCUCCUCGCUCUGGGACUCAUCAUCAUUGUCGGCUUUGUGCAGAUCGGCAUAGGUGAUACCACAUCGCUUUCACCCGAGAACGCUUUCAAAGGAUCCAACAGCGACUUUGGGAACAUCGGCCUGGCUCUAUACAGUGGCCUCUUCGCAUACGGAGGCUGGAAUUAUUUGAACUUUGUCACUGAAGAAAUGAUUGAGCCGUACAAAAAUCUGCCCCGUGCCAUCAUCAUCUCACUGCCCAUCGUCACCAUCGUCUAUGUGCUGACCAACCUGGCCUACUUCACCACUCUCAGCCCUGAGGAAAUGCUCGUCUCUGAGGCUGUAGCUGUGGAUUUUGGGAAUUAUCACUUAGGCCCCAUGGCGUGGAUCAUCCCGGUGUUUGUUGGACUUUCCUGCUUCGGCUCAGUCAACGGCUCACUGUUCACCUCAUCCAGGUUGUUCUUUGUGGGAUCGCGUGAAGGUCAUCUUCCCAGCCUGCUGUCCAUGAUUCACCCAAAUCUGCUCACCCCACUGCCCUCUCUGCUGUUCACCUGCUUGAUGACGCUCCUCUACGCCUUUUCCAACGACAUCUUCUCAGUCAUCAACUUCUUCAGCUUCUUUAACUGGCUCUGCAUCGCCAUGGCGAUCAUCGGAAUGAUGUGGCUGCGCUAUAAAAAACCUGAGCUUGAGCGGCCAAUCAAGGUGAACAUCCUGUUGCCUCUUUCCUUCGUCCUGGCGUGUCUCUUCCUGAUCGUUGUGUCCAUCUGGAAAACUCCAGCCGAGUGCGGCAUCGGGUUCGGCAUCAUCGCCACUGGCGUUCCCGUCUACUUCUUCGGCGUUUGGUGGCAGAACAAACCCAAGUGGCUUAAGCAGCUCAUCUUCUCAGCCACAGCGUCCUGCCAGAAGGUGUUGGAAGUCGUGCCUCAGGAGUCAUGAGGGAACUAAAACAAAACCCAAACAGACGCUUUAGAAAAAAUUCUGCGCACAAACAAAAAAACAAAAAUUUCAUAAUUUCCCUUCUGACCUCUACCUAUACUCUCUCUCUCUUUAUCUCUCUCUUUCUCUCUCUGUCUCUCCAUGAGCUUUCCCUGUGGGUAAAUGCAUCAAUCCGCACCUUAACGGGGAAAACAAAAGACAUGAGGUGUUGACCUAGUGCAGGAUUCUUUACUUUAAUUCCCUCUAACCUCUAAGACUUUCUUGUAGUUUGUUUUUAAAGCAGUGUAAGCUUUCUCUUUUUGCUUUAUUACUUUUUCUAUUUCUGACAUUCCUUUCAGAACUUUGAGUAUAGCGUGGCAUGGUGUGUGUGUGUGUGUGUGGUGGUGCUUUAAGUAUGUGCUGCAGACUCAGACUCGUUUGAACACCCUACAUAGCUUCUAAGACCUUUAAUUCAUAACGGAGUGAAUAUAGCUGUCAACAGCGGGUGUUUGUUAUUGAAUCAGCCCGGUCACCUGUUUCCGUUAAAAUGAAAGUUGCGAAAGGUGUCGAAGAUUCUGUGACUGCGAGCGCAGCAGCCACAUCUUUCUGUUUCCUCACAAGUCUCCUCGUGUUGGUUUAUUGUUUUCCGUUUUUGUUUUGUUUUUUUACAGGGAGUUAGUUCAGUCAGCUGUGAGUCAAUCGAGUGACGUCGACGAGAACACGCACAGCACUAACGUUAACCGUAGAAAUGUUUUGGACUUCACUGGAAUUUGCAAAUCUCUGUCGGUUGUCAUUCGAAUAAAAAAGGAAGUUCAGGUCCUGCAGCGUUGCGUUCAGAAAUCGCCGAAAGCGUCAGAGCCAGAGGUUCUGUUCUCAUGAUGAUUCGUGCUUUUCCGCACCUUUGUAUUUUUCCCACGUCAGCACAUUUCUGUGUGUUAAAUAUUUUCCACAUUCCUGUCUCUCUCUACAGUGGUCUUAUUAUGACCACAGCCAUCUAGAAACCUUUUUAAAUGAGAAUUCAUUUUUAUUAUUUCGUCUUGGAUGCCUGAAAGACUCGCGGUUAUAUCGUACCUUGUUAGAUUGUUAGCAUUCACAGCAUCAGACUGAUUUGUAUAUUUUGGACCUGGGCUAAUGGACAUGAAGUAUCUCGGAGUCAGGGCCAGCUAGUCUGCGCUGCUGAUUAGUAAAUCGUUAAAUGGGCAUCGUAGGCAUUCUUUUAUCUUUUUUUUUUUGUUGUUGUUAUAACUUGAAUGCUCAAACCAGUGGCAUUUGUAUUAAAUAUGCAGUAAAAUUGUAUGAACCAAUUUUCACAUAUUUUAGCGACAUAUUUCCAGAUGCUAUUCUUCUCUAGCUGCAGAAGCACAGAAACACUCCAUAAAACUAAAGAGCGAAAGGAAAAAUCCACCCUGCGUAUUUUAAUCAUUUAUUUUAACGUUGCUUGAACAGUUUCAGGAACUACCCACAAUGCCAUUCGAAUACCUGUUGAUUGCGGUGUGGCGGGAUUCGGUCCAUGCGUCGUCUGUACCUAAAGAGAUGCGGCAGUGCUUUAGUUUUUUUAACUCGCCUGUACAUUCCACACUAACAGAUCAGCAUCCAAAGCAUCUCGCACACACCCUACUGACUAGCUGAGACGCGUCUCUACUAAUGUAACGUCGUAUAGCUGCACUGCAUUCUGAGAUUUUGGGUCCGGCGUUUGUUCCUCCGUCUCCGCUGCUUAGAUUCUGGUUUUCUCAUUAAUACACUGAGAUGAAAAUGCUGAGAGAAGACGGUUUUGUAGCAGAAUCCUGACUUGAUGUUGAAAUCCGUUAAACAGCAUACACUCUCGUGUCGCAGGAAUACCUGAGCAAAAGAUUAGCAGCAGAAUUGCUAAACGCAUCACAGCCAUUUCGACGUUACAUGCUGAACAGGGUGGAAAUUUUUCUUUAUCUCUUAUAGAGAAGAGCAGAUAUGUAAAAACUACACUGGGCCGAACACUGAACCCUGAGGCACUCCGUCACCCACUGGAUACAGACAACACUUUUUUACAGUAUUUUUGUGUUAUUGUAGUGGAGUUGUUAUAACUGAAUGCCUUUGACACGUUUUUUCUUCUUUUACAUGUUGCGUUACAAUCAUCACUCGAAUCUUAUAAAGAACAACAAAAUAUCUAGAACCUACACUGGGCUUAGUACUGAACCCUGAGGCACUCCAUAAUACAGGAAAUAGUCUUUUAAGUCACUCGCCAAUCUUUAUACACCGCCUGAUUUGGAUUUUGCCAGAGGUUUACAAAAUGAAUUUCAGUUAUGCCGUGCUUUUCUGUGCCUCUGAUAUAAAUACUAUAUUUAAAAAAAAUUAAAUAAAUAAAAAAAAUAAUAGAAAAGAGAAACAAAGUUGUGUUAGAUAGUGUCGAGUUGUACAUAUAUGUUUACCUGUGAGCAUAACUAAUCUCAAAGGUUCGAUGAAAUGUUUUGGAAGCCCUGAGAAAUGUGAGAUUUUUAGCAAGAAUUUAUGGGGAAAAAAAUUUUUUGGAACGGAAAUCUCACUGGGUAGAGCCGAGAGGUUUUAAAAUUUAGCCUGCAGUUAAAAUGGCAAAAAGUAAAUAAAUUUAAAAAAUGACUGACUGACUUAUAUUUUUUGUAGUCUUGUAGGCUAGCCUCAGAAUGAGAAGGUAAAGAAGCCCUGGGCUGGAAGAUUUUUUAUUUAUUUUUUUCUCAGUAGAACACCAUAAAAAUUCCAGUCUUUCACCUGAAGUUGAUUUUAGCUACCUCACCAACACAUCCUCCACGUUUUUUAGCAACAUUGCCCCAAACUCCCCUCUGUCUGUAAAUGUUCGUCAUUUAUACCUUUCUAACAUAUCAAUACUGACACAAAUGGACGUGACCUUUCUUUCCCACCCUUUACCUUAGAAACCCUGAUCCCUACUCAGUCGGUUUUACACGUCCUUCAGCUUGCGUUCACUCACAUGUCCGCCGUCGCUGGGGAUUUGUUCGUGUUCGAUUAUUCCGUUAUCGGGAAUCACUGCUGUUACUCUGGAUUCUUCUCGCUUCCUGUCGUCCUCAGUCGAGGUCAAUUUCCAGAAUCUAUAAAGAUGUUGCUUUUAUUUUAUUUUUUUUUUAUUUUUUUUUUGUAGGAUGGAGUAGAAGUGAAGUUCUACAAAUGCAAUAGAAACGUAAAGUAAGCUGUAGGUGUGGAUUUUUUUUAUUUUUUUUUGGUUUUGUGUUCUCUUUUUAUUCCAUCCGAAAGCAAUUUAGUAAGAUGGCUACUUUCUUUUAGGCGUAAAAGAGUCUUUUUCAAAGCAUGAGAAAGAUCUCCAGACUCUAAAUGAUUUCUGAGGCCAGUAUCAUUUGGCACUUACAUGUGUGUUACAGCUGUGUGUCUGCUUGUGUGUGUGUGUGUGUGUGUGUGUGUGUGUGUGAAAAUGUUUAGCUGAAGAUUGAACUAACAGUGAAGCCAAUCAGACUAAUGUAAAUUAGUGCUGCUGACCGUUACUUAUCCUAUUUAUUUAUUUCUAGGGACUUUGCUCUUUAAUAUUUUUGUAUCUUAUUAGUGCAUUAAUAUAUUUUGCUUUUUAUUUGAGGGGGGGGUUGUUUGGGGUUUAGUUUUUCUUUUGUUUUAAAUAUUCCUUAUGUUGGAUUUUUUUUUAGGUCGUAGAGUUGCUAACAAACUUUCUGCUGUAAUUUAAUUUGAAGAGUUUCUGAUUGCUGUUUGUCUGUCUCAAAGCUAAAGUGUGAAUAAACUCCCGGAGUCUGCCCUCGCGUCAGUGACGUCUCGCCGUGCAAACUGAAACACUGGUUCUGGAUGGUUCUGUUUCCAUCUUGGUGAAGUGGUAAUUCCAGAGGAUUUGUGUAUCAUGGAGCUACAGGUAGCCAUUUUCGUCUGUUCUGGUAUUUUCGGAACAUUUCAAGUCAGAAACUCGCACCGGACAAACAUGAAAAGACGUGACCAAAUGACCAACUCUGUGAUCUGGUGCUUUUUGUCGACAUCCCUGAAAAUCCAGCCCCUCAUCUGCAUAAUUUUGCAUAGAAAAAUUGAGUCAAGAAAAUUGAAACUGGUCCGCAAGUUACAGAAACUUUUGUUGACUUCCAUGAUGCUAAUCGCAAUGGACAGUGAAGUCAGAUGGAAAUUUUUGAAGGAUUAAAUCAACUCGACAUCCAAACAAAUAUUUACACCUCAGCAAUUUAUUUUUAAUAAUUCAGUCCGAUUCGCUUCACUUCAUCUCUUGCUCCAUGACCUGGAGAAAAUAGAGAAAUACAUAUAUAUAUUCUUUAUUUUUUUACUUUUAUAGACGUGAAAUAAAAAUAGUGACCACGUUGUUUUACUAGCAUGUGGUGUGUGUUCCUGUUACCGCCUCAGCUACUGAAAACACUCCACGCUCUUGAAGCAAUUACUUUUGCCUAUUUUAGAACUGUGGCUGGUUUAUGAACUGGUUUACUCGUUACCUCGAGUAGGGAGGAACGGACGGAGGACGCGGCUGUAUAAAAUCUAGUUUACCAAAAGCGUUGCUGGAUGCAAGUUGACUUCCUGACUUGAGAUCCCUCAAAUCUCCAAGAACAUCUUGAGUCACUUUCCAUUAAGAUGAUGAUGAGGAAGUCAUUGAGAGUGUGCUACAUUAUUAGGAUGCAACCCAUUUGGCACUGAAGCAGGGAGUGAACUUACCAACCAUUUUACACAAAUCACAACAAGGUUCUCUUGUUAACUGCCGGCGCUAGAAACUAUUCCUGUACAGUAGCCCAUCUUUAACACUGAGCUGCCAUUUCCCCCACCUCACACACACACACACAUGUGCGCACACCACACUGAACUGAGGGCGGACUGUGGGUUUGGUCACACUCUGGCAGUUUGUGUCUAACACUCAGUGUGUUGCUUUUGUGUAGUGAUUCAGCUGAUCUCAGAUCUGUGUUAAACUCCAUAAUGUUCCAGUCUGGAGUCUGUGCUGUGUGUUUUCAGCUGAUCUCAGAUCUGUAAAAUGUUUGGCAGACAAAUCAGUGUAUAAACAGACAACAAUACCGUCAACAUGUCCGUUUCUCUGCUGUUUGUGCGAAAUGUCUACUGAAUAUUUUUUUUUUUUUUUUUGAGAAAUAAAAAUGAAAAUUAUGAA